UCUGCAAAGCACGAGCAAAGGAAGAUGGCGCGUUCGGUCACUGCUCUGAUCUGAUAGAUCUGACAGAAGAAUCGCCACAGCAAGAGCACAUUUGAUCCGGAUCGAUCCUGUUUCAAUCAAACGACGGGAUGUAGCGGAUACCAACAGGCAAACCGACCAGCUAUCGAUCGAGUGGCUUUGUGAGAUAAAGGUCAGCGGUGGUGAGAGUUUCCACUGCCUCGGUGGGUCAUGAUGCAUGUGCAAAGCAACCACACCACGCCGGUGGCUGGUGAGAAGCGUCCGAAGCCCUUGAAGAAGGACCCCCCGCAACCGGCGGCCGACACCCGGAAGGUGGCAAGCUUCAUCCAAAGGUUCUACCUGUUCGGGACGAACGCUGGCACAACGCCCGGAACGGACAAGAGCGACGGCCCCGACUACGGACAGCCGAAGGUGAAGAAGGCAAAGGCUGAAGGCGACAUCGAGUCCAGGCGGGAAUCGCCUCCUUCGAGCGCCAUCGAGAGCAACGGCACGCAAUCGUCAUCAUCACCGGACUCGUCACCGGUGCAGUAUCCAUCGUACAGCGUGCAGCGUUUGCGCCAGUUCUGGAACAGCCGGUUGCUCUCGAGUGCCAGCACACCGCCAGCUGGUGGAACUGCCAUAGAUACGCUGGUGAGGAAGGCGAAAAGUGCUACCAUCGGUACACCGACCGGAGCGGCCAGUCGGUGUGCAACCUGGAAGUCCGCCUCACCUAAGGCCGGUUCGCGCUUUCAGCGAAACGGCUCAAUCCGUCGAUCGGCAAAACGGACCUCUAAUGCGGCUCUUCUUAGCCCCGACAGAGACACACAGAAGGUGGAGAAACGACAGUGCAUUAGCACUGGUGGUGGUGGUGGUGGAACCACGGUACGCGAUUCCUUUCCGCUGGUAACUUCCACUCCCUCGGGGAACCAGAUACACUGGGCUCGCCGGAAGGAACUACUUGGAAUUCGUGCACUGACGCAGGACGAAAAGCAAGGCAAAAUGCCGAUACGGGUGGAGAACUACGUCAACAACUUUAUUGGAGUCGAUAUUCAGAAUAUCACCGGGCCGGAAGAUGUUUUGGAGACUUCGGUGUGCACCAUAACCGCGUCAAAUGUCGACGACAAAGAAGAAACUACAGCAGAAAUGGAUGUUCAACAAAAUUCGAUCGAAGAAACUGUCGACGAUGGGUGUAUGCCAAAUACGUGCGCUUUAUCUCCGGAACCGGCGCAACCGAGUACUUCGUCGCUUGGGCGUAAAGGAAACACUCCGACGCGAAAGAUAAGCUUCAUGAACAACAUUUCACCGUACAACCGACGGCUGUUGGCCGGAAAUGGCACCAAAGUUGCCGCACUGACCAAUAAGUUCAACCAAAUGAUCCAACAGGAUGCGGGAUUGUUGGAGCAGGUGAAGAAGCGUGGCGGGUACAUCCACAAGUGCGGUAACGUGGCGUAUAAGGUCGUGGAGGAUACGGGUAGAUCGGUUGGAGCCGAUGCGUACGGAUUCACAGCGGCCAGCCGGAACGGUAGUGGAAGGGCGAGUUUACGUAAGAAGAACUCUUCCAACGCUGGAGGCAGUGGCAGUAGUAGCACCGCCGGUAGUGCGUGUCGGACGGAUGAAAGCUCGGAUGACAUAUCGUCGGCGUCCAGCAAGAGCUCGUCGGUUCGGAAAGCGGGUGUCAAGAAGCGUCCGAGCUUGAGGAAAAAUAUCUACCGACGCCCGGAGUGGGGUGAAAUGGGUCGAAGCUCACUCGGCGUGCGAAAGGUACUGGAGAUAUUCGAACCGAACGUACAGCACACUACUCCCCGCGGCCGGAAGAGCGAUGGAGCGGGAGCAUCUAGUCACGGUGAUACGGGUAAGCCUCCACCGGGACGCAGUAAACCGAAGGUGCCGGACAAAAGUGAACAGCUGCUCCAAAAGACAAAAGGUAUUAAGUCGAAGAUGGUCCGGCCGGUGUCUAGCAGCGAGGAAGUAGAUACGAUACUCGAUGGAACACUUGGGAAAGAGGAUUGCAGUGUCGCAGUGUCGAGAACUGAACUUCACACCCCUGAGAUACCGGAAGACACGAAUAGCCAAAGUACCGUAACUACGGAAACGAGUGUUAUAACAAUAGAAUCUAGUGGACAGAGCACAGCGUCCGGCGAAGAGAAUCCAUCUAAGGAAGCAAACAUUGUCGAGCCCUCGGUGGAAAGUGUGAUAAACAUUGAAGGCAAAGAAAAAGCUAUUCCAUCGAAAGAAACAAAAGAGAAGAAGAAAAGCAAAAGCACGGUUUCGAAAAUAUACGAGCGACUAACGUUCCGAUCAUCGAAAAAAAUACAAAUCGAUACUACCAGGCCGCCGGACGCACCUGUGGAAGUGGUUCUGCGUGACGAUCCCGGCGAAAAGACGGCAACCGGAUCUACUCGACGAUCGUUCAUCUCUUCUAUCGAAAUACCGACGAUACAAAUUGAUGAACCACAAUCGGAGCAAGCGAUAGAAUCGGAACGAUUCGGCCAACAGAUGGAAGUUUCCGAGAAGAAAAUUCUGGAAGCAAUCUCUGCCGCCAGCCAUAGAAUCGAUAAUCUGUCGAAAAGUUUCAACGACCUGACACUCAAUGAUCCCGACGAGGCCAGAGGGACGAAAGAGGGAGAAGGUCAACAGCCAAGUGGUGACAAUUUGCCGGUGCGUCCGAAUGCGUCCUUUCUGUUUCGUGGCGCUGGGUCAGGUUCGCUAUCUUAUGGUGACACAAAUACCAGCCAGAUGAACAUUGUUGAAGCGGUCAAUACUAUUGUUAUCAACAAGGCGGUCUCGAUGGAUGACCAUCAUUUUCCUUGCUCUCGUGGAACGGUGGAAAGAAUGAGUCUUAACGAACGGCGGGAUCGCUUGCAGCGGGAUCUGGAGGACGAUUAUGAGCCCGUGACGAAACCGGAGGAAAUACAACAAAUGGGUACGCAGUUAACGGGGAUCAGUGAGAAGCAAUCGGUACCCAGCUCAAGUCCAGUGGUAUCGAUCGAUCUGACUGAGCUCACAAGCAAGAUUGAAUCGUUUAUUCACAAAUCCAAGCGGGAGUCAGAAAAUAUCUACCAGAGCAUUUCCAGAACGAACAGUAGACGUGAAGAUGCCCCAGCAACUCAUCUCAUCCCCGAAGAUACGAUCAGCAUCAACAGCUAUGAGUCCUUUGAAAAUUACGAGUCGAUCGAGCUUGAACUCGGCGCAAAUCCACAAGGAAAGAAUGCAUCUGCUGACGCUGUAGCGAAGGAAGAGGAUACGUAUGAGAUUUGCAGCCCCCCACCGGAUCUUCCACCGGCCAGGGAUGAUACCCGCAACGAUCUAACACUGCCACAACCAAAGCGCAAUCUUUCGUCCUCACCAAAAACGCUUCCGAAGCACCUGCAGGUGACCUAUCAGUCGAACUAUGAGAUGAUCAAGUAUAGCAAGAUUCCACCAAGGCCACCAAAGCCCGAGGAGGUUCCCCUGCCUCCUAGGAAUAACUGCAGCGUCGCAUCCAACGACACAACCAGCUCGACUGCCGAAAGUGAUCGACUAAACAUCACAUUUGAGAGCAUAUCAUCCGGUGACCUUCCAAAGCCAGAGGGGGUUCCCCUACCACCAAGGAAUAAUCUAAUCGGCGCAUCCAGCACCAACACCAGAGCAUUAGGUGAUGUCACCAGCCCGACUUUGGUCAGUGAUCGAUUAAACCUCACACUUGAGAGCAUAUCAUCUACUGAACUUCCACUGAGUCCGGGUGGCGAUUUGCUGGACAAAUCGCCCCACGGAUCGCAGAAGUACGGGCAGGCACAGCAGGAGAAUAUCUACGAAGAGAAUAUUUACGACUUCAUUCGUAGCGCCGAUGGUGUUGACUACGAUGAUCCGGCGUGCGGUGGAUCAGCUGAAAUGGAACUUCCUGUGCCAGACCGUCGUUUGUACGAGCAGCAACAGGAGAAGCAGAUGCUGCAACCGGUGCGUUUGCGGACGCAGCCUCCAUCGCCACCAGGAGAUAACGUUUCAUUGGUAUCGUCGAAUUGCUACGAAUCGAUAGGCUCGCGACUAGAGUUUGUACGCAACAUGGCACUUAAUCGGCGAAACAUUGGCGGCUCCACGACGACGCUGGCGUCGGAAAAUAUCACCAACAGUCUGUACGGUACCACGGCAGGGCUGGCCAGCUUAACACCACCAAGUGAACGUGGUAGUGAUACAAGCAACAGCGCCGAUUGGACCGACAUCUCCGACGAGGAUGAGGCUGGUGACCGAUCCGACGGCAUGGUUUCCUCUGGGACGACGGCAUCUAAGCGGCCGAACUUUAUCGUUGUGCGCGAACGUAAACGAACCCACCAGACGCCGUUAAGGUCGCGGAAACUGCCUCGCAUCACACACCCGAAGACAGACGACGAUUCCGACCAUCACUAUGAGUCACUGUACUCGAUCGGAGCGAAUGACUGUUACCGGAAUGGAAGUGAACGAUCGCGGGCUUCCUCUACAGUGGAACAGCAACAUCUGCAGCAGGAGCAGCAACAGGCACCAUUUUCCGGCGGAAGUUUCCACGAGCACCGGUCCGACCUCGCGGUCACCCCUGACGAUGAGUUCGAUUCGUUCGACAGCGACGACACGGAGGAGGACGAGGAGGACGAGCAGCGAUGUCGGCACCGCACGGACAGUGGGGUCUACAUCCGGAACGCAAAGCUGCCCGAUCCACCACCGUCCAGCAGCCAGGUUUACGUGCUGGUGCAGAAGAUCAAGAACCUCGGAACGCUCUCCAAGUCGGAGAUAGCGAAAGGCUUCCACAAGUUGUCGAAAAAGAAGUCUCCCAAAGCGAGCGGUGCUGGUGGUGGUGGUGAUGGGGGUCGCGGUGCUGUGACGUACGAAAACUCCCCCACCGUGUUACCGCCGAAACCGUCCUCAAAGACAUCGUCGAAGUCCUCAGGGCGCGCCUUUAAACUGCCGAUCCCUUUAGGUGGAGCGGGUGGUGUUCCGAAGCCGCCACCCGAGGACUACGAAAAUGCGCCGUUUGGGAAAGGUGGGCCCUCACCACUGCCGCCGGUCUCGCCCUUGCCUUUGCAGCAGUCCUCACCCUUGGUGGGACCUCCGCCGUCGCCUCCAGCCGGUAGCAUCACGCUCAUCUCUAGUCCCUCGACCUCGGAGCAGGCCCUUGCCGUCAGUCUACCGCGGAGCACCAGCGAAUCGAGCAACGUCAGUGGCAACCGGCCGCUCGGAGAACCCCUCGCCGAGGCCACCCGCAAAAAGUCCAAGAGCUCCAAGUCUCUGCGUUCGAAGCUGCGCAAAAGUCUCGUGUCGGACACGGCCACCCACACCAUGGGCAGCUCGUUCCAUGGGUCGCGCAGCACCUUCUACGUGUCCACGUCGGCGGUGGACGUAGAUUCGGGUAUUUUCAACGGCACGGAUCCAUCGUGUCAGGUGUCCACGGAACCGCCGCCAAGCAACGAUGCGUUAAAGCUCGGCGACGUCCGUCGGAAAUCGAUCGCACUCGGCACGACCGCGGGAAGCAAUCGGCCGUCGAUUCCUCCACCACCUCCCCCGGCCGAGGCUGGCCUCGUCAGCCGGAAGGGAACGGGAUCCAGCAAGUCUAACGGUUCCACCACCCGCAAACUAGGCGCCACCUCUUGGUACGCGGAGUGCGCCGUGUUCAAGCAACCACACUCGUUUGGCACCGACAGUGACCAAUCGUCGCUGGCCAAGGGUGCCGGUGGCAGUAGUCCCCGUUCCCCGCUGCCACCGAAGGACAUCGGUAGUGUGCAGGGAGGGGUAGGCGGGAAUGGUACGACGGCAGCGACCGGCGCGUCUUCGUGGUACGCCGACAUUUACCAAACCAGUGGCGCGUCGGUGGCGAGUUCGAGCGAGAGUUCGGGCGUAUCGACGGGUGGAGAGGGUGGUCCGGGGGAUGACCACUCGCACAGUAUGUUCGUCAACGAACCGCUCUACCAGAUCUAUAACGCGGCCAAGCUGGAGUCGAUCACGCGCGAUAUCGACGCGGAGAUUAGUGGCCAAACCAUGGAGGAACUGUACGAUGAUGGGUACGAGAAGAUUUCCGAGCGCAACCGACGCCGGGCGGAGGAGCAGCACGAUGGUGGUUCGAGCUGUGGUGGAUCCGAUGGAGACGACCGGAGCGAAACCUCGUCGUUGCAUCUGCGCAAACCCUCCCGACCGACGGCGUUGGAGUUGAUUGAGCCGCACGUCGGCAAGCUCCGUACGCUCUGGUGCGAGGUACCGGAAGUACGGAACUCGGAAAUAUUAGCCACCUUAACACCGACCGAGAAGCGGUUGCAAGAGGCCAAGUUUGAGAUUCUCACCUCGGAGGCGUCGUACCUGAAGUCGCUCAACCUGCUGCGGACACACUUUGUCAACCAUCCGGCCUUCCGCGACCAGCGCAUCCUCAGUGCCACCGACCGGAAGACACUCUUCUCGUCCAUCAUCCCGGUGCAGGAGUGCUCCGAUCGGCUGCUGUGCGACCUGGAGAACUGCUGGCAGGACAACAUCAUGCUGCUCGGCCUGAGCCACAGUAUCUACAAGCACGCCGAGAAGCACUUCCACGUGUACGUGUCGUACUGCGAGCAUCAGGCGAAGAUCGACCGCACGCUCAAGACGCUCCGGGCGAACCGGCCCGACUUUGCGCGCACGCUGGCCGAACUCGAGACCGAUCCCGUCUGCUGCAGCCUGAGCCUUUCCUCGUUCCUGAUGCUUCCGAUGCAGCGCAUCACCCGUAUGCGCCUGCUGCUGGACGCGGUCCUGCAGCGCUGCCAUCCGGAGAACGACGACGAGUUCGGUAGCUGGGAGAAAACGUUCGUGCUGAUCAACCGCAUCCUGACGCAGUGCAACGAUGCGGCGCACCGAAGCGAGCAGAUGUACGAGAUGGAGCGCUUGUCGCGGCAGAUCGAGUUUCCGACGCACGUGCGGCCGCUCGCGAUCGUACCGUGCGGCAUCGGGGCGGCCCCUAGUAGCAUGCACCGGAAGCUGGAGAAGCGGGGCGAGCUGAUGCACCUGCUGUGGCGCGGAGACGACGCCAAGCUGACCUUCGGCAAGAAGUUUUCCAAGAGCAACUUGUACGCCUUUCUCUUUACCGAUCUGCUCGUGUUGACCAAAAAGAAAAGCGACGAAAGCUUUCUUGUGACGGACUACUGUCAACGAGCACUGCUGACCGUCAGCUCGGGGGACGUUGUGCCCGGGCUGCCGGCGAAGGAGAUGCAAACGAUCGGUAAAAAUCUCAUCAUCAUGACGCUUCUGGAGAACCACGAGGGAAAGACGGUCGAAAUGAUUCUCAGCUGCCCAUCGGAAACGGAGCGUGAACGCUGGCUAACGGUGACGGAACCGCCCGCGUCGGAGAAUCCGGACGAGAAGAUCUACGAGCAGUGGAACUGUCCGCAGGUGAUCGCCGUCCAUCCGUACCAGGCCCUGCAGCCCGAUGAGCUCGAUCUCGACAUUAAGGACGUGGUGAACGUGCAUCGCAAAAUGGCCGACGGAUGGUAUGAGGGGGAACGCAUCCGGGACGGGGCCGUCGGUUGGUUCCCGAGCAAUUACACCAAGGAAAUACCGUCGCCACACAUCCGCGCGAAGCACAUCAAGCAGCGGCACAUGCUGCUGACGUACACCUCCAAGUACAUCGACACCACCGGCAAAGGCCAUCACCACUAUCAAAAUCACUAUGGCAAGAAGUGACCUCCCCUUUUCCUCGUCACACUUUCGUUCUCUUGCCCCCCGUCGUAGUCAGUUUUUAUUUCUAAAGCAAAUGAAUUACUUAUCGAUUAUGCCAGGAUGGGGGUGGUGGGUUUCCUCAUCCAGUAGGGGAUAGAAAAUUCUAGUUGAUAAGAUUCCAUCGAAGCUGUGCAGUUGUACAACGACCACUUCCGGUUGUACUUACCCCUAAGAAAGCAUUUGUAAUUUUUCCACCCUUUUUUGUUGCGUGCCGAAGUGCAAGUGUAAAAAUUUAUUAUUCGCAUUAGGAUCCGCAGCUCGGCAGGAAGCAAGAAAGCAGCAGGCCAGUCAAGGUGGUAGGCCUUGCAACUGCGUAACUGCGUGUACGGCAACACAACUUUUGUUCAAGUGUAAUAUUUUGUAGAUAUUCGUUCCACUUAUGCCAAGAUUCAUUCUAUCUAUACAUAUCGGUUUAUGAUUUAAAGUGAAUUAAAAUGUUAUGAAAUUACAGUU